AGACAGGUUAGGUUACUGUGGUAUAAUUGGCUCAGAGCAGGAAACUACUGAACUUAUCAUUUAAACACAAUAAGGAACUUGAAACAGAAGACUUAAGUGUUACUCUAUGGAAACAUAUAUGUCUAAAGGUACAAAAGUGAUAUUUUAAGAAUGAUUUCAGAUGAACCGCAUUAUGUCAGAAAAACAGAAGAAAACAGUGAAGCAAGUAGUUUGAUUGCUAAACACUGCAAACAUAAGACGAAUCCUUUGAUAUUUAGAAUGAAAUUUCUUUCAAAGAUUAUAUUGGCUGCUGCAGCAAUGAUACUCAUUAAAUUCCUGGUUUUCAGAGAAGGAAAAACACAGGUUCCUAAAGCCACAUACCCAUUUCAUAUGCAAAGUGACCAAUCACAUAAAGAAGUUCAUAGCUCAAAGUCUGCUCCUGUCCAAGAUGCACUGAAUCAAAGAAUUGAAGAAAUAUACAACCGAAUUGACAAGCUCAUUCCCAAAAUAAAAUUAAAAAACUUUGCUGAGGCAACAAGUGCAGAAAAGAGCAAGGCUACUAUUGUUAAUCAGAAAGAUAGCUACUGCCUUGGCGAGCAGCUCUUUGUAAGAGUACAGGCUUAUGAUUAUUUAGAAAACAUUAAGUCCUAUGGGGGAGACUAUUUAAGGGCAAGGAUCUUUUCACCUAAAACAAACAGUAGUGCAAGUGGAAAUAUCACAGAUUAUAAUAACGGAACUUAUUUAAUUGCAUUUACACUAUUUUGGGAAGGUGAAGUUUCUGCCUCAGUUCUGUUAAUGCAUCCAAGUGAAGCAGUGUCUGCUUUGUGGAGAGCGCGAAAUCAAGGAUUUGACAAUAUCUUGUACACUGGGAAUUUUACAAGUGCUACAGAAUAUGUAAAUAGGAAAUGUGGCUUUCAGCUUGAAACAGAAGAGGAUAUCUGCCAGUAUGUGGACAGAAGGGACCAGGAAGCAUUUUACUGCAUUAAGCCACCAAACUUCCCUUGUGAAGCAUUAACGCAUAUGAACUCAGUAAACAGAAACCAUUCUUAUCUUUCUGAAGUGGAGAAGCUUCUUCUCAACAGGUCAAACAUCGGUGUGGAAAUUUCUAAAAACUUUAAGACCAUCAAUGUUUCGAACUGUGGAAAAACACCUAUUUCACCAUCCAAAAGUUGUAGCAGAGGGUUCUAUUAUCCAAUCCCAAGUGGAUAUUUUUCUCAUAAUGUGUGGAAUCCUAUCCACUGCAAAAUGAACUUAUUUAAUGAAAAUGAAAAGAUCAAACAAUUCCUUAAGGGCAAAAAGGUUUUCCUUAUUGGGGACUCCACAGUACGGCAAUACAUAAGACACUUUGCAGAAUCAAUGAAAUUUUUGGAUUAUUUCAAUCACACAGAAGAUGAGAUGCAAUCCUGGCAAAAGACACUUCUAGCAAUUAACCUAGAAAACUUUAUUUAUGUCCAGUGGAAGAAGCACACAUUUCCAUUUGUAAGCAAGACUUUUUACUCAAUAAAAGAAGAUGCUUACAUGGCUCGUCAGAUUGACCAGAUUGGAGGAGGAAUAAACACUAUCCUAAUUCUUACUAUGGGUCAGCAUUUCAGACCAUUCAACUUCCACAUUUUCAUUAAAUCUGCUCUAAAUGUUCGCAGAGCAAUAGAACGAUUGUUUUAUAGGAGCCCAAGCACCAAGGUCAUUAUCAAAGAAGAGAAUGCAAGGGAUAUGGACAUUGAUAUGGAAAGGUUUAGUGACUUUCAUGGUCAUAUCCAAUAUCAUGUGCUCAGGGAAGUUUUUCAUGGGUUAAAUGUUGGAUUUGUUGAUGCAUUAGACAUGACAAUAGCAUACGCCUGCAAUGUUAUACAUCCACCAGUAGAAGUUCUUGAGAACAUUAUAAGCAUGUCCUUUACACAAGCUACAAGCUAGUAUUCUCAUCUUAAACUGGUACUUGGACCAUGACUGCAACAGGUGACAACUCUAAACCUAUCGAUUGUGUGUGUAAAAAUGAGCAGUGGAAAUUGCCAGCCAACUGAUUGUAAUGCAGCGAGUAUCAUGACUGUGGGUAGUGGUUAGCCAGAAUGGUUGAGGUGGUUAGUACAUUUAAAGGAAUUGUUCAGUAUAAAAAUAAAAAUUGUGUAAAUAGAUAGGCUGUGCAAAAUAAAAAAUGUUUUCAAUAUAGUUAGUUAGCCAAAAAUGUAACAUAUAAAGGCUGGAGUGACUGGAUGUCUGACAUAACAGAACAGAACACUACUUCCUGCUUUUCAGCUCUCUUGGUUUACACUGAUUGGUUACCAGUCUGUAACCAAUCGUUGACUUGGGGCGGGCACAUGGGUCAUAGUUGCUAUAACUAACUAUAUUAGAAACAUGUUUUAUUUUUAUGUGUAUAUCAUAGUUUAUGUUUAUAUCACAGUCUAUCUAUUUACCCAGUUUUUAUUUUUACACUGAACUGUUCCUUUAAACCUCCCAACUAACUUUGUGUUGUAUAAGGAUGUAUGCCAGAGGUAAAACACUGUGCCAAAGAAAAAGGGUCAUUUACAAUCCAGGGCAAGUCCAAGAGCAUUAAAGGGCCACCCAGGAUUGCUGCUCUCUGUACAGAGCACCUAAUACAGGCAGCAAUUCAUUGAGAGUGGUUUUCACAGGUCUCUGUAGUCCGUUUCAGACCACAGGAGCCUCUGGAUAUUGGCGCACAGUGGUACGCAGUCGGUGAAAACUAGCUUCAGUUAGUCUUGUGUAAAAAAAAAGGUGCUUAAACACUGUGAACUUUUAGAAAUACAUGUAAAUAAUUUUUUGUUACAUAGACAUGCCCAAUUACACAAUUAUAUUUUCUUUCUUAACACACGGUAUAUGCGUAUAGGCUACAUUAGGGUGGAGGAAAUACAACCCACUGAAAGUAUACAAAUGUUUAAAGGGCAAGUCAACCCCAAAAUAAAAAUUUGCCAAAUACAGGAAAACAUCAUUUUAAGCAACUUUCCCCACAUACAUUUAAUGCUUUUAAAGUUAUAUGUAAAAACAAUUAGUAUUGAAAGCAGCAUUUGGUUAAAUCCUAGUUAUUACUUUUUUUAACAAUGUUGCAAAAGUUCAAGUUCCCCAACAAAGACAGGUCUGUUAAUCAGCUGGCUUGUCUUGCACUGGGGCAUAUUUAGUUACAUGCAAAUUUUUGCUUCGAGAAAUUUUGCCAAACUUCAUGCAACUAGGUCAGACAUUAUUUUGUGACGAAUAUGCGUAUUUAUAAAAAUGCAAAAUUUCAUCUCAGCAAGAGAACACGGGUGUACUUUCACCAGCGAUAAUUCGUCAGUUUCCUAGUGAAACUUCGUUAUCUUACUUACUCUUAUGUAAAUUUAAAUAUGGUAGAUAUAUAAAGGCCAUAGAUAUGUAUUUAUAUAGUGAUGUUGGGGAAAUUGAUGAAAGUGGCCACUUAUUAAAAAUGUCAAAGCAAGCAAAAUAUAGAUAAAAAUAGAGAUCCACUAUUGUCCUAGACAUGAGCCUACCCUAAAACAAAUGUGACCUGAGCUUAAAAUGGUUAAAAAAGUUUAAAUAACAUAUAUUUAACAGUUACAACUUACAUUACAAUAUGAAAAAACCUUUGUCUUUUUUAUGACUUUUUUGAAUACAGGAUUUGAUGUCACUGACAUAAUAAUGUUUAGCAUGUAGCUUCAUCUUGUUAAUUCGGCAGGCAGAACCUAGCGAAAUAGACUCUGGGAAAUGGGUAACGAAAAGAAACUAGCACACUUUGAUAAAUUUGCUGUUUAACUAUUGUUCUUCUGAGUGAAAAUUUGCCUUGUGAAAUGGUGCAAUACUCCUCUAACACGGAGCUUUUUUGUUAGUGAAUUGUGUUAUUCGCCUUUAAGUAAAUUGGUAAUGUCCCUGAGAAUUUUCAUUAAAAAAAAAAUGUGCUUUG